ACUGAAUUAAAUCACAGUUUUCCCCCAACACCAGAUGAUUCGUGGAGGUUAUCAAAUGUGUAAACAAUAACAAAACAUUUUAUUUAUUGUGAUAGGAUAUACGUCGGUUUUUUAGUUUUAUAUGUGAGGAGAGUGAACAGACGUCACUUUUACCUAUUCUUUUCGAAACUAUUUAGUUUUAUUUUCCGGGAAUGCAUAAACACUCGCACAACCGGUGUAUGCUGUUGCAAAAAUGUGAAAGUAGUUGAAAUAAUUAUUUUUUGUGAUUAUAUAUGGUGAUUUGAUCCAAGAGAAGUGAUUCUAGAAGGUCAAUAAGGAAUUGUGGUGGGAAAUAUGGAUUCAUUACAUGAGGAUAAUGAUCUUCCAAAGAAGCGAACUCGAACAUUUCAAAGUAAGCAGAAAAUUGCGGACAACGAGGCGAAGAAGAUCCUGAGAGACUUCGAUCCCCAGCGCAGUGAACGAGAAAAACGUAAGAAUACCCAGCAGAUACGAAGACUCUACCCAGGAAGCAAGAAACACGUGCUGUACGAUGAGUCGGGAAUCUUCAUGCAGAAUGGAAUGAAUCUUUGUGAUUGUCUACGACAGGAUUGUCCUGGUUGUCAUUAUCCCUGCCCCAAGUGUGGCUCCACCAAGUGUGGACAUGAGUGCAGAAUCCACCGAAGAUGGGCAUACGAAUGCAUAGAGAAUGAAGGCAGUGACACCGUGACAAAAAAUCGCGAUGUGAAGAAGACAUUCUAACAAUUUACACGUCAUAAUCCACCGAUUAACCCAGCGACGAUAAAUCCACGAGCGUAAAAAUAAUAAUUGUGAAAUACAAAAUUACAACCACAUGAUUAUUGUACCCUCAGGACUCAGUCACAAAAUUGUUACGAUACUAGAAUAAAUAAUAAA